GUUUGUUUAAAUACUGGCCUCGGAAGUAUCGGCCCCAUUCAGAAUCAGCCUCACCACCAUGUUUCUUCUGACUUCAGUCUUGGUAGCAGUUGUCUGCCUUUUGACGGUGUGGAUCUUUAAAAAUGCUGAUGGAGGCACCCAGAGAAGGAAGGGGGAGCCUAGAGCCAGGGCCGAGGCUCGCCCCUGGGUGGAUGAAGACUUGAAAGACAGCACUGACGUCCACCAGGAGGAAGAAGACGCUGACGAAUGGCAAGUGUCAGAGGAAGAGGUGGAACACAUCCCAUUCUCCCACACCCGGUAUCCUGAGAAGGAAAUGCUUAAGAGAUCCCAGGAAUUUUAUGAACUUCUCAAUAAGAGACGGUCUGUUAGAUUCAUAAGUAAAGAGCAAGUCCCAGUGGAAGUGAUUGAUAAUGUCAUCAAAGCAGCAGGAACAGCUCCAAGUGGGGCCCACACAGAGCCCUGGACCUUUGUGGUUGUGAAGGACCCAGACGUGAAGCAUAAGAUUCGGGAGAUCGUUGAGGAGGAAGAGGAAAUAAACUACUUGAAGAGGAUGGGACCUCAGUGGGUUUCAGACCUGAAGAAACUGAGGACCAACUGGAUUAAGGAGUACUUGGACACAGCGCCAGUUUUGAUUCUCAUUUUCAAACGAGUACACGGUUUUGCUGCAAAUGGCAAGAAAAAGAUCCACUACUACAAUGAGAUCAGUGUUUCCAUCGCUUGUGGCAUUCUCCUAGCUGCCCUGCAGAACGCGGGGCUGGUGACUGUCACGACCACUCCUCUCAACUGUGGCCCCCGUCUGAGGGUGCUCCUGAAGCGCCCUGCAAACGAGAAGCUGCUGAUACUGCUCCCUGUGGGGUACCCCAGCCAAGAGGCAAUGGUGCCUGACCUCACACGCAAACCUCUGGAUCAGAUCAUGGUGACUGUGUAGCAGGACGCAGGCAGAGACGUGCGGGAAGGCGGUGCCCCCUACUCCUUUCUCCUGUUCCUUUUGGGAGUACAGGCUGCUCUCUCCCUGGGUGUUCCAUCUCCCUGGCACUCCGGUCCACAGGGCUGGCCUCUCUGUGUGUGAAGAAACCUUUGCACUUUCUACAGCACUUUGAGUCUGAGAAGCCCUGAUUCCGAUAGUGUGAUUAGCUGAACCAUACAGAGUAAGAGAUGAAUAGGUAUGUUCUCUUCCAUUUCUUAUCCACUUUGGAAAUGCAUUAAAUUUUUGCUAAGAACA